UCCUCCCAAGGUGGGUCCAUCUCUGGUUUGGAAAAAGUGCCUCACUGUCCGUGCUGCAAUGAUCUUCCUGAUGCUGGUCCUGGCUGCCUCCAUCCUGGUGCAGGCUGUCCUCUAUCCCUUCUUUAUGGGUACAAUAUCGGAUAUAAAGGCCAAUGUCCGGCUUCUGGAAGGUUGUGUGGUCAAUGUCAGCACCCUGGAUACUGCAAUUAAGAGAAACAGAGGCAACUUGGAAGCAACCAGCUUUCAGGUCCAGGUGGUAAAUGGCAGCUUGAAUCAACAACUCAGGACAAUACAGCAGUUGAAAAAUGCUAUGAUGGAGACCAGAGCACAGAUUCAAAUGUUAAUAAACAAGUGGGAGCAAGUGCGUGAUUUAGAUGCCCAAAUCCCAGAGCUGAGAAGAGACUUGGAGAAAGGUGGUGCUUUGAGUACAAAAAUUCAAGAACUCCAGAACAGUGUGGAGAGUAUUGGCAAGUUGCUCAAAUAUAAUGGUGGCAUUCUACAGAUGGUUUCUAAAGGAUGGAUGUACUUUCAUAAGAACUUCUAUUAUUUUUCUCACAUUGCCAAGACCUGGUAUAGUGCUCAGCAGUUUUGUGUGUCUAAGAAUUCACACCUGACCUCAGUGACCUCAGAGAGUGAACAGGAGUUUCUGUACAAGGCAGCAGGUGGGUUUGUCUAUUGGAUUGGCCUGACCAAGGCAGGGAGUGAGGGGUCCUGGACCUGGGUGGAUGAUACACCAUUCAACAAGGCCCAAAGUGCAAGGUACUGGAUUCCUGGUGAGCCCAAUAAUUAUGAGAGCAAUGAACAGUGUGUCAGUUUAAAGAUACCCGCACUUCAGGGAUGGAAUGAUAACUCCUGCGAUGAUGUACUCCGUUUUAUCUGUAAAAAGCCUUAUACUCCAUCAGAGCUGUAACAAUCUUGACUCCCAAGCCUAUACUUUGAACUCCAGUGCUUACAGAAAGCCAGGAGGUUCAGUUCUCUCCUCCAUACUCCAAAGUGACUCUGCAUUUUUUUUCUUCUUGUUUGCUUCAGAAAUGUCCCAAAGGCAUCCUGGAGUCUAUCUGGGAAUUUUCAGACCCCAUGGAGGCAGCUGGAAUGGAAAGAUGUUGAUUAAAAUGGGAGAGUUGGGUAGAAAAGGAUUUAGAAGUUCAGAUGGCCUUGGUAAGGCUAUUUGGGACCCCGUCAUCUGGGACCAUACUUCGGGCUUUCUCUUUUAUUCAAAGAAGUGUUAAGUCCCCCUCCCCCAAUAUGACAGUUUCUUUGAGUCACCCAAUAAAUUCUUCUGAUACAGAUAUUCCAGGAUGUUUCGGUUAAACUCUCAGAAUUCUAGUUUCCUGCUUGGGCAUUCUGGUGGCUGGCAGGUGUGUGGGGGAGGGCAGAAGUAAGGCUCUGCUAUUGAUGGUCCUGUUCAUGAUUAUGUCCCCAUCACUUUCUUCAUCCAGUUCUCUGAGUUGGGCUCAACUAGUAUUUCAGAGGCUAACCUCAAAGUGGGUCAUUUUUAGAGCUGAACCAGGAUCCACUCCUCACAGGGCAAACUCUAACUCAUCUCUGUUUCCACAAAACUCUGAUUUCUCUGUCUCACCUCUUCUGUCCUUCCUCUUUCUUUUGCAUUUUCUCUCAUUCUGUGCCUGUGCAGGGGACAUUUUCUGAACCUAAAGUGUUUCCCUUCCAGGCUGCAUUGGAAUAAAAGGCUGUGUGGGCAAAGGCUUCCCUCUGUGUGCACUUUUAUUCUUGGGUGUACAGGUGGAUGUGCAUGAAAGGCCAUUGAUUUUGCUUUGCUGGCACUCAUGUGGGUGGCCUUGCAACAGAGUAAGCCAACUGGUUUCCGGUGCUAGCACAAGAGAUUACACAAACAGGCAGAAACCAGGGGAUAAUUCAGCUACGAACAAAUCUACUUUAUUGUACAGGAGGCAGGGUUUAAAUAGCAGAAUGGAACAAAGAACAUUUUUCACAUGUGGCAAUGAUGAUGGGUUUCUAAAAGGUCAGAACCCUCGUGGUGGAGGAUCUAAGGAAUGAAGAGAAUUGAUAGGAGACUUCAGGAUGAUUAGAGAGUAGAGGAGAGUUCAGGAUGAUUAGUUGCUGUGGGGCAAGAGUGUUAAUUAACUAAAGGUAUUUAGAAAAACAUGUUAAUUAUAAACAGAGAAAGGCAGAAUAUUGAUACAAGGAGUAGUGAUCAAAGAAUGAGGAAAUAGAGUGUGGGCCUUACUAUUAUACUACUGACAAGGCAGGAUGAUGGAGUAUAGUUUCUAUGUGAUCAGAGAUGGUGAACUUAUAGUGAACUUAAAGCAGGCAACCAUUUGGUUUGUAGCAAGGGAAUGAGUUAAGUGUUAGGGGGUGUAGGCCUUUGUGAAGUCUGGGAGACUGACAAGAGGAAAUUGAGUCAGGAAAGCUUUUCCCUCCAUGCUCAAUCCCUGAAAGGGAGAGGCUGACAGAUGGAGUGUUUUUUCAGACCUCCGUCUUUAGGAUGAGAGCUCCCCUAUGCUCUAAGCAUGCUCUCACAAUUAUCCUACAUGCUUGACUUGAAGUUCUAGGCUAUCCUUAUAAACCAUUCAAGAAUCACAGGGUGUAGAGGAGUCUUAGUCCUGAAAAUGUUACAAAUCUAAGCAGUAAUUACCCCUAAUUCUUUUUUUAACUUUUACCCUUUAAAAGUCUUUAUUUUGGAGGCCAGGUGGUGAUAAAUAUGGCUGAGUGCAACUGUUAUAAUGUGCAAGGACCUGGGUUCAAGCUCCUAGUCCCCACCUCCAGGAGAGAUGCUUCAAAACUGGUGAAGCAGUGCUGCAGGUGUAUCUCUGUCUCUAUUUUCCCUCUGAAUUUCUCUGUCUUUAAUUCAAAAUAAAUAAACAAUUAAAGUAAAAAUGUUUUUGAAGUCUUAUUUCUUUUUCCUCAAAGUGCAUCAAGGGAAGUAAGGUAUACCCAGUCAUUAAA